AUGGCCUCAGUUACGGCCUCUGGUCUUUUUCUUGCCGUCGCUCUGACUGUCGCUUCAGUCAGCGCCUUCUUCUUCACAAUCUGGCCAGCUGCUGUUCUUGUUUUGGUGCGACUCACUGCGGGAUUUAUUCCAACGAAUUUCAUGCGUCUUUGCGCUGCCUGGUACGACGGCGUGCAGGAGAAGUGGUUGGCGUUUGUCGUCAUAUUUCUUGAGUGCGUGCUCAAGCUACGCCUGGCGUACACAAUCGUGUCCACGUCCGCCACAACACCGUCAGGGAUUGCUGAUGUGUUUGCGCCACCUCAACCCGGCAAUUUUAAACUCAUUAUCCUCAACCACCGCUCGCGCAUUGACUGGCUGAUGAUGUUUCCGUUUCUCGCACGGGCAAAUGUUCUGCGAACGCUGCGCAUUGUCUUGAAGGCGGGGCUAAGUCGUAUCCCCGUCUUUGGAUGGUCCAUGCAGUUAUUCCGUUACAUUUUUCUUUCCCGAAAGUGGUCCAGUGAUGAGGCCAAAAUGCAUGACGUGAUUGUGCAUUACCGUGAGAACGGCGGUGCCACCAUUCUGCUUUUCCCGGAAGGAACGGACCUUUCAGAGAGCAACGUUGAGAAGUCCCACGCCUACGCAGCACAAAAUGGCUUGCCACGUUUCCACCACGUUCUUAACCCACGCGUCAAGGGAUUUGUGGCAAUGAAAAAUAUGAUUGGUGCGGCAAAUAUUGAGGAGAUUGUGGAUGUGACGAUGGGCUACACGGAUUUUGUACCCGGCGAACGCCCAGCCGAGUGUUCAGUUGUCAACGGCCGCAUGCCAAAGAAGGUUCACAUACUAUGCAUGCGACAUCGCAUGGCUGAGAAUACGCCGUCUGUGGGGGAGGAAAGGCGGGCGCUGGAUGUGGUGCCCACGGAUGAUGAUGGCCUAAGUCUUUGGCUGAACGAUUGUUUUGCGAAAAAAGAAUUUUUGCUCUCGCAGUUUUACGCCAGCAAUCCAGUGGGAUUUGAGCCACACCACGUUCGUAGUGUGUUUGGUGAAAACUGUACCGUUUUUACUUAUGACGAAGAUGAGGAAAUGGCACGUCAUCCUAAUAGCACAAAAUUUUCUCUUUUUGUGCGGGAUGUGGGGAUUUGGCGUGGUUUUGUUGGUAUAAUUGUUUUGUGGACGAUACCUGUAUUGUAUUGGGUCUUCUGUGGCGGGCUACUCUCGUUACUUCUCUACGGGCUGCUUGCGGCCAUGUGUGUGUGGAUUAACCGGGAGAAGGGUGGUCUGGAUGUGUGGCUGUUCCUGCAGCCGCAGCCCAAGCGGCCGGCGAGGAAGGAGGAGCUGAAGACCCAUAAGAAGGAAUGA